UCGCGUCUAUUACUAAACGCGCUCACAUUUCACCGGGGCUGUACUGAUUUUUUUUGUGAACGAUGGUUACUGCUGUGCUAACCAUAAUUGUAAUAUUAAUACUUUCAUUCUGCUUAUUUUACACAAGGAAGAAACAACAUAAUUACCCUCCUUACAUCAGAGGUUGGUUGCCCUGGUUCGGAGUUGCCUUCCAAUUUGGUAGGGCACCUUUGGACUUUGUGGAAAAAGCCCGAGCCAAGUAUGGACCAGUAUUUACAGUACUAGCUGCUGGGAAAAGACUUACGUUCAUAACACUACAUGAAGACUUUAAUACCUUUUUUACCUCUAAAGAUGUGGACUUCCAGCAAGCAGUUCAAGAUCCUGUCAGACAUACAGCCUCCAUAGAAAAAGACAGCUUCAACAAGAAUCACCAUAUAUGUCAUGCUUUCAUAAAGGAGAGGUUAACUCGGUCCAACUUAUCUGUCUUCUUUGCUGACCUUUGUGAUGACUUUAAUAAUCAGCUAAAACUUAUGAAACAAGAGGGAUCUGAUGAUCUUGCUGAUAUUGUCAGAUGUCUUAUGUAUCCUGCUGUUAUGAGCAACCUACUGGGUAAAGAGUGCUGUCCAAAUUGUCAGACUGAAAAAGAAGAGUUUAAAAAACACUUCCUAGUGUAUGAUGAAGGCUUUGAGUAUGGAACACAGCUUCCAGAAUUUUUUUUACGAGAAUGGGCUAAUUCAAAGACCUGGCUUCUCACUUUCAUGGAGAACAUUAUAUUUCAAGCUCAGAAAAAUAAACCAUCUAAGGCUGAUGCAAAGACAUUGCUACACCACCUUAUGCUGAAUAUCACGGAUAAAUUUGUCUCAAAUUAUGGGCUCCUCAUGGUCUGGGCUUCAUUAGCAAAUGCUAUACCUAUUACAUUUUGGACGCUUGGGUUUAUUCUCUCAGAGCCUUCAGUGUACAAGACAGCAAUGCAAGAGAUAACAUCAGUGUUUGCAUGUAAAGAUACAACUAACAUUACAGUCACAGAAUCUGACCUCGGAAGCCUUACUUACAUAAAAUGCUGCAUGCUGGAAUCGAUUCGCCUGAGGUCACCAGGUGCCAUUACCAGAAAAGUGGUGCAGCCUCUCAGAAUUCAAAAUUACAUUAUCCCUCCUGGAGACCUACUGAUGUUAUCACCAUUUUGGGCUCACAGGAAUCCAAAACUUUUUCCAGACCCAGAAAAAUUUAUACCUGAACGCUGGAAACAUUCGGAUUUAGAAAAGAAUGUCUUCCUUGAAGGCUUCGUGGCAUUUGGCGGAGGCAGAUACCAAUGCCCAGGAAGUGCAGUGAAGCCGCCCGGUGAAGGCAAUUAACUCCACCCCUAACGAUUCCACUGACAUAACACCCAUGCGUCCUGGAAGGAGGUGUCACUUUUGGCCCAAGCAACUCACACAACAAAGCUCUGUUAAAUCUAGAACCCUCAAAUUUGCUUUGAACCCCCAUUGUAGGGACAUGCACAAACACACACUAUUUACAUUGUUUUUUUCUUUAUUAUUAUCUUGUUAUCUUAGAUGAAAAAAGUACUGUCAGGUACAGUAAUUUAGGUUAGUGUGAACCCUGACCUGGUAGCAUCAAUCAGGUUGGCUUCCCAAAAUUUCUUGGCUAUUCAGUACUGUCUUUCUUGCACCUGGCCACAAUUUACCCAUCUUCUAAUGACUACUUCCAGCAUGGUAUUGUAACGUGUCACAAAAGCAAAAGUCUUCUUGAUCUGGUUUUAUGAACAUGACCAUGAGUUCAGUGUUCUUCAGCGGCCUUCCCAGUCACUGGAUCUGAAUCAAAUAGAACAUGUUUGGGAUGUGGUAGAUUCUCAGUUUGAAAGUACACCAGACAAAUCUUCAAAAAUUACGUAAUGAGGCCCUACCCAGUAUUAGUAUAGUGUUCCUAAUAAUUGGCUCUGUGAGUGUAUAGUUCUGCAGUGACAACUUAUCUGCUCUUUCUAAAUGAUCAUAAUAUGAAUGGCAAAGAUUAAGUAGUUAUUGCUCAGUUUUUGUUGUGGUUAAUACAUUAAAAUCUAUUGAUAAAGACAUGCUUUUUUUUAAAUAUUAGUGGCUGGCAGUCUUGCAUAUUUAUCGUCAAGUUUAUAGAUAUUGUUAAUUGUUUCUCUUGUCCUUGUGGUUUGUGAUUUCUUUUUGUGUGAUAAAGAUGUUAUUUGUCCCUUCAAAUAUUCUUUGAGAAUUUCCUAAAGAGUUCUGGCAGAAAUCUCUGGAGCUGAAUUAGUUUGUGCAGAGAUAAAUUUAAUAAUGUCCUAAUCUGCAAUAUCAGUGGAGUCAGGCACCAUUUACCCAUUGAUCUAAUAGAACUUGGUAUUCUGAGCACUGAGAUUAGUACAGCAUGAAAUAGCAAUGAGAUUAUGAAUGAAAGAUCUGACAUUGAGCAUCAAGUUAUUGUUAACAACGGUGUAGUCAGUUUAAGAAAGAAAUAUUGGGCUUAGUGUGGGUGUUACAAUUUAUUAUUUAUUAUUAAUACAAUUUUUCUAGGACUCUGGUUUGUUGUUUUGGGAGGUUUGUAUGGCUGGGCUCAUUUCUGAAUUUGUGUCUUAUUUAUAUGAAUUCAAUAAUUUUAUUUUUAUAUUUUCAUAUUACUAAUACACCAUUUUAUUUUGUUUAUGGGCAUUCUGCCAAUGGUGGAACUGGUCAGGAAUGUCCUCUAUCAUUAUUCUUUUAUAAUGCCUGUUAUGGUGUAUAAAAUCUGUACAUUUUGGUUUCCAUUAUAUUUUGUUCAAGACAAGA